GCAGCAGCAUGCUUACUUGCGCUCCUAUCUACCAGCAGUCAGAACGCAGCUCUUGACUGGCGCAGACAACGUAGACCGCUGGAGUGAACAAAGUACCUGGGACUCCGUGCUAGAAGGUGUUCGCAUCGUCGUCUCAACCCACGCCGUACUAGAGGAUGCGUUGAGCCACGGCUUCAUAGCCAUGCGUCGCUUGGCACUCCUCGUCUUCGAUGAAGCUCAUUCAUGUGUCGGCGGGCACGCUGGAAACAGGAUUAUGAGAAAUCUCUACUAUCCGACUAAAGCAAGAUCGGGCGUUGUGCCGCAUAUCCUGGGUCUCUCUGCUAGUCCAAUCCUCAGAUCGAACCUGAAGGGACUAAGCAACAUCGAAGCCAAUCUUGACGCGACAUGCGUCACUCCACGACUACACCGACAGGACCUGCUCAAAUUUGUUCAUCAUCCAAAAGUACAGAGACUUGAAUUUCCCCCGUGCAAAACUUCGGAAGAGUCUAUCACGGGUCAUGUGUUUUCGAAACUUCGCAGACUAAGUGAGAGGUUGUCCCUUGAACAAAGAACAUCAAGCGCUCCGUCAGUCCCGCACCAAAGUUCGACUAGAGCUGGCAGAUCGACUUCGCAAGGAUCGUUCACGGACUUCUCUGAUCAGAUUAGGAAGUUUUACAACAAGGCGACACAUGUCUACAAAGAGCUCGGGCCUUCCGCAGCAGCCUACUAUAUCCUUCGCACAACUGAAAGGAUAAGAAACAAAGCUGAACUUUUGGAGGCGUCAGCAUUCUAUAUCAAAGAAGAAGACAAAAUGGUAUAUCAACUGCAGCAUGUAUUCAAUCGAGAAGAGCUCACCCAAGCGCCUGACGUUCUGUCCCUCCGGAGUCAGUUGUCUCCCAAGGUCGAACGAUUAAUAGCCUUCUUAGAACGUCAGGAGCCGGAACAAUGCUCGGGACUGAUCUUCGUCCAACAGCGGGCUAUAGUCGGUGUACUCUACACUAUUCUGGCUAAUCAUCCGCGGACAAUGACGAGGUUCAAGUGUGCCACUUUUGUUGGCUUGUCAAACAGUUCGCACGGCAAACUCGCCUUAUGUGAGCUGCUCGAUAAGGAAGCACAGAAAGACACUAUGCUUGAAUUCCGCACUGGGAAGAAAAACAUCGUCAUCGCCACGGACGCGCUCGAAGAAGGGAUCGAUGUGGCCGCAUGCAAUCUAGUGGUAUGCUUCGAUGCGCCUUCGAACCUCAAGUCAUAUAUUCAGCGCCGCGGCCGCGCCAGGAUGUAUGCCUCUCAGUACGUCAUUAUGGUCCCCACAGACAGUAUUCAGACGAAGCUCGAUAGCUGGCCAGAGCUCGAGAACGCUUUAGCCAAGAUGUACCAAGACGAUGAUCGAGCGAGAACAAGGAUUGCGUUACUGGAGAACGAACAAGAGUCAGUGGACGACUCGCUUUGCGUUGGAGCUACAGGGGAAAAGGACAGCGGGCUGAUUACCUGCACUGUGACACUUCCCAAUUGCGUCAAAUCUUCACUUCGAUCUACUCGUGGGCGACGAGGAUGGCGAACCGAGCGAGCAGCGAUGAGAGAUGCGGCCUUCCAGUGUUACGUCGCUCUGUUCGAAGCCGGACUUUUGAAUGACCACCUUCUCCCGUUGACACACGAGUGGAAAGACCAUGAUGCGAACACAGAGCAACUCUUGAAAAAGGCAUUGCGGAGCAAGCAGAUAAAGCCGUUUACUCAGAUGGCGCGGGCAUGGGCGACUCCCGACUUGCAUCAGACCACGAUAACAGUCAGUUGCAAUCGAACGCAUGAGAAGCUGUCAAUGAGGCUCACGACUCCGACAAGAUUAUCCUAUAUUCCAGAUGUCUUGUUAUACUGGGAUUCAGAGACUAUCUUCCAAGCCAGCUUCGGGAACCAAUCUCGGAAGUCAGUUGCAAGCAUUGACAUGCUAGAACAGCUAAGGGCUGUCACCCAGCUCCUAGAUAAGUCGACACGUUCCGAUCAGAGCGUUAGUCACAAGACAGACUUUGUGUUCCUCCUCGGUCCAGACAUCGAAGAGAAUCAGUUGAUGGAUUGGUUCAAGGCAUACGAAGGACGUGUAGACAUGCUCGACGCCCUAACGAGUAGUAGUGAGGAUAUCCAGGGACUUGUCCGAUCUACCAAGCUGAACGGAAAACCAUUGGUCUUCUUUUGCAUGACCAGCGAACCGCAACAAAAGCUCGAUCUGGAAGUAGUGUGCGUCCCCCUCAUCAAGCGUCGGAACUUCGAAGCGCCGAAUGCGCUCACGAACCAUUUUGCUGCUGCUCCGGCUGUCGAUCUAGGAAGACCAUCGGCAGCCGUGCAAAUUCGGGCUCGCGAAUGUACAGUCGAUCUUCUGGACCAUAGAUUCGCGAUAUUCAACUUGUUUGUUCCAUCUCUCUGGCGGCACAUUGAGGCCUCUACCGUAGCCCACCAACUGCAGGAAACGAUCCUGCCCAACGUUUCGUUUUGCAGUCUAUCGCACAUUGUGACAGCAAUCUCUGCGCCGUCUGCUGGGAGGGCAACCAACUAUCAGCGCUUCGAGUUCUUUGGAGACGCGCUACUAAAAUUCCAAACUUCUGUCCAGCUAUUCACAGAUCACGGCAACUGGCCGGAAGGGUACCUUUCUCAGCGGAAAGACAGCAUUGUAUCGAACGCCAGACUCGCCAGAGCUGCUAUAGCAAAGGGAUUAGGCUCGUUCAUCUUGACAGACCCGCUGCGGCGUAAAUGGUCAGUUCCACGCAUCUCCGAUGCAGACCAAGAGGCGGAGGAGCGAACACUCGGAAUCAAAGCCUUGGCCGAUGUCGUUGAAGCUCUUAUCGGAGCUGCAUACAUUGACUCAGGCUUCAAAGCGGCGAGAGCGUGCACCAACGUCUUCCUUCCUGAGAUCAGCGCCGUUGUACCUCAGUUUCCAGAGCGAAUAUCGGUGAAGUCCAACAGUCCGAGAGACCCCGAAGCUGAGACCUUGAUUGGCUACCGCUUUCAAGAUGAGUUGUUGCUGCUGGAAGCAUUGACGCAUCCUUCCUGUGGCAUCGAUGCUAAGACAGAGUCUUAUCAGAGGCUUGAGUUCCUGGGAGAUGCAGUCUUGGAUGUGCUCAUCUCCACUUUCCUCUCGCGUUGCCUACCUGAGUUGUCCCAAGGACAGAUGACUCGCAUCAAAGCAGCUCUUGGGAACAAGAAUAUACUCGGUUAUCUUUGUCUUCAUUUCAGCAUGGACAGAGAUCUAGUCCGCAUCGAAACGGGCCCAGAUCACCGCCCGCACGAGGUACGAUACUGCGAGAAAGUGCCACUAUGGCAGUUCAUGCGUCACCACUCUCCAGAAGUAGUGCAGGCUCACAAGAACGCUGGCCACACUUUUGAACAAUGUGGUGAUGAGAUACAGAAGAUCCUCAGCGAGGGUGCGACAUAUCCGUGGAAACUGUUGGCUCGCUUAGGCCUUGACAAGUUUUACUCCGACCUGGUGGAAAGCGUCUUUGGUGCGGUAUUCAAUGAUUCGCAGGGCGAUCUUUCAGAAUGCGAGAAGUUGUUCGAGCGCAUCGGUCUGAAAUACUACGCUGCACGUAUGGCGGAAGGCUCUUUGGACGUUGUGCAUCCGAGAGAUGAACUACAAGGCCUGAUUGGCUCUUCUAAGCUUGAGAUUGAUGUUCAACCGGUAUUUUCGGGCGAAGAUCGUGCAAUCUUCGUGUGCAGCGUCAGAGUCGAAGGGACCGUGAUUGCUGAAGCCCAAGGAUGCAUUACCGAGGAUGAGGCUUGUGUGGGUGGUAUACAAGCAGCCGUCGCAUUUCUUCGUUCGCAACAGGAGGGUAGAGGACGUUAA